UUUCAGACCUCCUCUUAAUCUCCAUCUUUCAGUUACAGACCGUUCUGCAAAUUCCCAAUUCUCUCUCUCACUUGAAAUCCAAGCUAAAGCUCUUUCCUUUGUUCCAAUGGAGGUGGGUCGAGCUCUUGACAGUUCUUCUGCAACUCCAGCAAAAUCUACGAACCCCAGUUCAAUUUCGAAGGUCAGGGUGAUCGCUCGGGUGCGCCCUUUUCUUCCCCAAGAGAUCGCUGACGGUAACAGAGAUCCGACGCCGUGCGCUUCCGUUAUCGAAAAAGAAUCCGAGUUUGCGACCGAGGAAGUGGUUGUUCAUCUCAAAGAUAAAGUGACAAGCCGAAACGAGUGCUAUCGGUUAGACUCCUUCUUUGCCCCGGAGGAUAACAAUGUUGGCCGGAUCUUCAGUAGAGAAGUUUGCCCCUUGAUUCCGGGACUCUUUCAUGGCUGCAAUGCGACGGUGUUCGCCUACGGAGCUACUGGAAGUGGAAAGACUUACACUAUACAGGGCACGGAUGAGAUGCCGGGUCUAAUGGAGCUGUCCAUGUCCAAAAUCCUGUCUAUGUGCCAGAGCACAGGAAGCUCAGUUGAGCUAUCAUACUACGAGGUCUAUAUGGACAGGUGUUAUGACCUGUUAGAGAUCAAAGCCAAGGAAAUUACGGUUUUGGAUGACAAAGAUGGGCAGGUUCAUCUUAAGGGGCUGUCUCGGGUCCCUGUAAAGUCCAUGUUUGAGUUUUAUGAGGCCUUUUCUUGUGGGAUUCAGAGGCGGAAAACUGCCCAUACAGGUCUCAAUGAUGUGUCUAGUAGGAGCCAUGGUGUCCUUGUGAUUGCCGUUUCAACUCUUGAUGAUGGUUCUGGGGAUGCUGUUACUGGGAAGUUGAAUCUCAUAGAUUUAGCAGGUAAUGAAGAUAAUAGAAGAACUUGCAACGAAGGGAUCCGUCUCCAAGAGAGUGCGAAGAUUAACCAGUCCUUGUUUGCAUUAUCAAAUGUCAUUUAUGCACUGAACAACAACUUAUCCCGAGUGCCCUAUAGAGAGAGUAAAUUGACUCGUAUUUUGCAAGACUCACUAGGUGGGAUGAGUCAGGCUUUGAUGAUUACUUGCUUGAAUCCAGGAGAGUACCAGGAGUCUGUUCAUACUGUCAGCUUGGCAGCUCGGUCACGCCACAUUACCAACUUUGUUCCUUCAGCUCACAAGCAAGAGACCCCGAAGGUUAAAGUUGACAUGGAAGCCAAACUCCGUACUUGGCUUGAAUCAAGAGGAAAGACAAAGAGUGUGCGAAGAAUUGAAGCAUUCAAUUCUCCCUUGUUGGGGAAAUCUCCAAGUUCUUCUAUUGCUAAUGUCAAGAAACCCAGCAUCAACCUCAGUUCUAUGAAAUCCAAGGUUAAUACAAACAGAAGCGCCUGCUCUGUGAAAGAAAGGACAAUCAAAAGACCUAUCAGGAACAUAAUCGACAAUGAAAGUCUAGUUGAUUCCAAUUUGGAGAGCCUGCAAUUCGCCGCUAAGGAUAAUAAACAAGUGGGCAAUGCUGGAGCUUGUGGAUCCGUUCUCAAAUCAAAUACAAGUUUACCUGCUGAACCACCAAACCAGGAGGAAAACUUUGCAAACGACUCAUCACCCGUCAGCGGGAAGAAAAACACACCUCAAAGUUCCUUGAGAAAAGCUCUCUCCCCGAUCAACACCAAUAUAAAUCAAAAUCCCCUCAGUGAACCCUUAUUCACAAAUGGAGAUUGCACCCUACUCUUUGAUCCAAAGACUCCGAAAACUCCCUCUUUAGCGACCUGCACGAAAAACAUGUUCCAAAGGACAGGCACCCCACUUGAUAAAUUCACUGCUUGCGGAUCAAACUUGAAGAAGUUCCUACUUCAAGAUUAUAUUGACUUCUUGAACACAGCCAACAGGGAAGAGCUGCUGGAGCUAAAGGGAAUAGGAGUCAAAAUGGCUGAAUACAUACUCGAGCUCAGAGAAACGAGCCCUUUAAAAUCGCUGAACGAUUUGGAGAAAAUAGGCCUCUCAACUAAGCAGAUUGUCAACCUGUUUAACAAAGCAGCGAUAGGGGUACUUGAUAAGGAAAUAAAGGCAACACUCAGCUGCUCAGAUAUUUCACAGGUCAAGCAAAUGUGAAAUUUGGAUAGGGGUGUCUGACCACGUCAACUCCAACUCUAAAACCUCCUGUAUUUUAGUUUUUAAUCUAUCCAACCUCAAGUUGGUCAAACCCCGUGUGAGAAGGCAGCUCUACGGAAAUUUCUCGCCCAAGUAAAACCUUAUGGACGUGUCAUUGUAAAAGACUGAAAAGACCCUGUUUGUGUUGAUUUGUAAACUAGCAACGAAGAUUAUUCAUGAUUUCUAAUGAAUUCCAUCUAUUUGUUGUUACAAUCUUGAACUGAAUGAAAUUUACAAAGCCUUAUUGCUGAGUCAUUGAUACGGCAAGGCACUUAUGCUU